UAUCAGUAUUUAAUUUUUCUUUUUUUAUUCGAAGAAAUAGUUUAAUGUUCAUAGUUCAUAGGAAAUGUAACAACUUAAUGAGCAGUAUUCACCUACUCUAACAAAAUAUGUUAGCAAAUAUAGAUCUAUACUACUGAAUUUCAAAAACUGUUCUACAGAACACGUAUGUUCCAUUUUAUCUAAAUGUGUUACGCAUCGUUGAGGAAGUUGAAGCAGCAAUACAGAUUAUGGAUUUUAUAAUUACAUUUCCUGGAUUGUCUGCAUGGGAAACUUUAAUGCAGAGUUUGAGAGAUUAUUAGAAAACAAAAUGGGCAAACAUGGAUCAAGGUUGAAACCCACAAAAUCUCACCAUGCUUACUGUCGCGACUAAAGAAAAAUUGACCAUUGUGACAGGUUGGGGAAUGUGAUGUGUGUUUGGCGCGUUUAAUGUCUAGGGGAUGAUUAUUUUUAAUAAGCUAUCACACACCAACCCGUCAGCAUAUAAAUCGGGAGCAGGCACGCAACGAGACAAGCAAUGAAUGAAAGAUACAAAGUUGAAUGUCAUAAUUUAUUCAGUGACAAGUAAGUAGGGAAUUUCCCUAAGUAAUCGACGAGGGACAAGUUGUAUUCGAUUCUUAAAACACAAUCGACCAUUGACUCAGAAAUAGUUAAAUCGCAGUUGAAGUAAUUAAUACAAAGAAUAUUAUGUGAGCGAAGUACUGGAAUGCCCCUAAACAUAGAAGUACUAAAUAAAAGAUGAAUGAUUAUGUAUGGUGUAGGAACAUGAGAAAGAGGUCAAAACUGAUGGAGAUACACGCCUGCGAUAAAAAUCCUGGAAACAGUUCAAAAUCCAAAGAUUAAUAAUUUUGGCAUGCAAUUAAAAUAAUAUAUAGGUCUGUAUAGUUAUUUGGCAUGAGGAUAGAAAAUUGGCUUAAGCACAUGCAUCUUCGGCGGGUGUUGCACUUGACAGAUCAAAACGGUCUCCCUACAGAGGAACUGCAGUACACCCACAUUUGAACUACGUGCUAAAAAAUAUAAUUCAGAACUCAUUACUGCUACAACAUGGAUGAUGUGGAAGCAGACAGCGCCCCAAGCAAUGGAUACGUACAAGAAAUUGAAGAAUCAAAUAAGAAUGACACUGCAUCAGCUCUAAAGGCCACUUGUAGAAGCCUUGAAAAUGUUACCUCUAGUUAUUCUCAACACAAGUCAAGAAUUUCUUUGUUGACAUCUAUAGCCUUUUACUUUCAAAAUGAAAGAAAUGUCCUGGGAAGUACAGAAACUAUCUGUGGAAGCCCAGAAGAAAAAGCGUCAGAAACCGUGGAAAAGAUUAUUACUGAUACAGUUGUUUCCAGUAAUAUUCUCAGCAAUUUUUCCAGAAAUGUCCCCAGCAAUUAUCCCAACAAUUAUCCUAGCAAUGUUUCCAGCAAUAUUCCCAGCAAUGAUCACAGCAAUAUUCCCAACAUAAUUCCCAUCAAUGAUCCCAGCAGUUAUCUCAGCAAUGAUCCAAGCAAUGAUCUCAGCAAUGAUCCAAGUAAUGAUCCCAGCAAUUUUUCCAACAAUGUUUCCAGUAAUUAUCACAACGAUUCUCCCAGCAAUGAUCCAGACAAUGAUCCCUGCAAUUUUUCAAGCAAUGAUCCCAGCUAUGCUCCCAGCAAUGAUCCCAGCUAUGCUCCCAGCAAUGUUUCCAGCAAUGCAGAAAAUUGUGAAAAUAGAACAGCAGACGCGAGAGAAGAGGACAACCAAGGGAACGUAUAUGCUCAUGAAACACAUAUUGAAGUGGACAAUGAAAGCACAGACGCACUAGUGCACGACUGUUCUGGAGACUGUGACAAGCUUUCCUUAAGUCAAACUCAACAUACAGAUGCCCAGUUUGGCAGGCACAGGAGGGGCUCAUUCACAUUGGAAGAUCUUCCUGCAGACUUGAGGAAUGAAUUGCUCUUAAAAAUAUUUAUCCUGUGUUCAGUUCUCACGGUCACGAUUACAGUUGACGAAAUAAGCCCAAGGCGCCUAGAAGAAAGUAAACCGAGUCUUCCUUUGCAUGGAAAUGGGUGGAUCUUUGACAAACCUGGAGAGGUCAUGUUCACUAGAGGAUCAGCAGUGCCCCAAGGCGUUUUCUAUGUGGCCACUAGUUCAAAUUUGAUUUCUGACAACACCGAGGCUCGCAGGUGCGAGAUAGAAUUUUCGCCAUCGUGUAAGAGCUACUUCAAGAGUACAAUCUUUCGAGCGGAAUCUGUUGAGCAUGUUACAAAAUCAGGGGCGGUACAAACGUAUCUCAAAUGUGUAACCACUGACCUAGAUCUCGUCUACAAGAUAAAUGAAAUACAAAGAGAGAUAAUUAAGUUGGCUAAUGACCUCCCUUUGACGAUGAAACAGAGGAUGUCCAGAAUGGCUUUUGUCAUUGGCUAUGCUCACGGAGGGCACAUGACAUUAUCAAACAGCGAGGCGGUCAUUAUCAAACGUAAACUUGUUCACGAAUUUGUGGAAAGAAAACACAAAGUUUGGUAUAAAAACCUAGCAACUUGUUCUUCAGACCUGGCUUGUCAUACCGUCCAAAUACUUCUACAUAGUGCCGUCACGUGCCAAGGGUACCAAGGUGCUCCUAUCAUUUCUUUUCAAAAGAUGCCAAAUGCUGUGGAACAAUACCAAUUUACUACAUGGACUCAUGAAGGACUCCUUAAGCCCUCAGAGUUUGGAUGCUCAUCAAGCAAAGCUUGCUGCGAUGAAGUUACUCCUAUACUACAAGAUACACUUGCUAUUCAACAAGCAAGCAACCUGAUGUAUGUUAAGCAAACUUUACCCGUGGCUGGCCCACUAAUAAUAGGACAAACACAACACCAGGUAAUGCAGUCAGCACAACAGCAGGAGAUACAACAAGCACAACAGCAGGAAAUACAACCAGUACAACAGCAAGAAAUACAACCAGUGCAACAGCAGGAAAUACAACCAGUACAACAGCAGGAAAUACAACCAGUGCAACAGCAGGAAAUACAACCAGUACAACAGCAGGAAAUACAACCAGUACAACAGCAAGAAAUACAACCAGUACAACAGCAGGAAAUACAACCAGUACAACAGCAAGAAAUACAACCAGUGCAACAGCAGGAAAUACAACCAGUACAACAGCAGGAAAUACAACCAGUGCAACAGCAGGAAAUACAACCAGUGCAACAGCAGGAAAUACAACCAGUACAACAGCUGGAAAUACAACCAGUACAACAGCAGGAGAUACAACCAGUACAACAGCAGGAAAUACAACCAGUACAACAGCAGGAAAUACAACCAGUACAACAGCUAGAAAUACAACCAGUACAACAGCAGGAAAUACAACCAGUACAACAGCAGGAAAUACAACCAGUUCAACAGCAGGAAAUACAACCAGUUCAACAGCAGGAAAUACAACCAGUACAACAGCAGGAAAUACAACCAGUACAACAGCAGGAGAUACAACCAGUACAACUACAAACACAGCACAUAUCACCUCGAAACAAUGGUUUCAGGACUGUUGAACCCAUCAGGUUUAAUAAUCCAUCACCUCCAUCCUACCCAGCCUAUUUGAGUUAUACAAAACGAAUGGAGAGUUUUAUGGUAUGGCCAGCGGGAAACAUCCAUGCUCCCGAAGAUUUAGCCUACAACGGUUUCUUUUAUGCAGGUUAUAGCGACUGUGUAAGAUGUCAUCAGUGUGGUCUUGGGUUGAAAUCUUGGAGACAAGGUGAUAACAUUUUGGACGAGCAUAAGAAAUUCAGACCGACCUGUCAGUUCCUUAUCAAAUUGUUAAAUGCAAGCGUCAAUGAAAGAUCUCUCAACAUGCACCAAGCUGAGCAACAGAACCUGACAAUUUCUGCCAAUACUGAGUCUAACGCUGUGGCCAGGAGCAGCUUCUUAUGUCCCAAUGAGUAUCCCUCUGUAAAUGCCACUACAAGAGACAAGUGUCAAGUCACUACAUUAAACUACACCCCUAUCUCAACUGGAUAUGAGAUUACAGUUAUGAAUGUCUCAGCAUCGACAACAAUCCCAGUCAUAAAAAAGCAAGAUGACGAGUCCAAUAAACCAGGUGAGACAAAAGACCAUAAAGAACAGCUUGGAACAUUGCAACAUAUCAAUAAUAGUGAAACCAGACCAGAAGGGUCACAGAGUACUGAAUCUAAACUUUUGAAGAAGGAGAAUACUAACUUGAAAGAAUUGAUGAAUUGUAAGGUAUGUAGACAGCGGCCAAGCAAGUCCCUGUUCCUCCCUUGUGGUGACUUGUACGCGUGUGAAGAGUGUGCUAACCAGUUAUCUCAUUGCCCGAAUUGCAGAAGUCGAAUUCUAGGAACCGUCACGACAUUCUUCGCCUAAACGUCAUUCCAAAGUCUAAAUGAAAAGAAGAAGAAGUCGACUGAGGAGUAUCUAGCUAGUAAUGGUGAAGUUGAUGGUUCAUCGAAAAGUUGUGGCUUGUUCCUUUUUUUUAUACCUCAUACCAAUAGUUUUUGGAAGUCACAUACUGCGCCAGUCCUUCACUAGAUCUAAUUGGCUGCCCGGUCAUGUGGUACGUGCUUCAUACUAUCGUGACGAUGGUCUCGGGUUUGAACCCAGCCAGCUGCCAUCUCCAGCCGUCCAGCACAAGAUUAAACUAGGACGUAAAAAUCUUAUUCCUAAAGAGGCGUCCAAAACGUGAAAAAAAAAAAAAAAAAAUAAAAAUAAAAAAAAAAGAGAAAAAAACUUUCUUACUCUAAACAAAAUUGUGAUUAUGAAGAUACUGAAACGUUAAAGACGGGUUUAUUUUUUACACUGUCAAAAAAAAGUUGAUGUCUUUAAGUGGGACUGCAGUUUUCAUGAAUUCUAAUUUGUGUACAGAACAAUAUGGUGUUUGUUAAAAUACAAUAUGCUAGAAAAAUAAAUGGAUUCGGAAAACAACUUUUGUUGUCGAUAAAACGCAAAAAUAGUGUUUUAUUUCUACAUCCUCGAGGAAAAUAAGGAAAUAAUUAACAUAUAAAAAAGAUUAUUUAGCAGUUUCAUUACAGCAUAGAAUUUAUAAAGCAGAGCUUGUAUGUUCCUGAUGGAUAUAUUUAUAAAUGUACAACAAAAACAAAUAACAGAAACGCGCUGUAAACAAUUUGGUAAUACAGCGAAGCUUACAAGUAUUCUCUAAGAAAAUGCUUGCAUACAAUAUUUUAAACCUUCGAGUCCGAUCUGCUAGGAAUGUGGAUCAAUCAAUGAGGCUUAAUUCUAAUUUGAAAAGGUAAGGAAGCUGAUCUAUCAAGGCUAUAAUGGAAUUAUAUAUACAUAUCCUUUUGUCUCGGAAGACAAUGGAUGCGCCCAGAUGAGUCGCUGGUUUUGGUUACGUCUUGAGAUGGGGCAGAAUCUGGAAUGACAGAUCAAGCCAAUUUUGGAGCGGCAGAUUUUAUAGCUCGUGCAUGUGUAUGCAUGCAUCUGUCUUAUAGCUGAUAGGAAUUAUUACAUCUUUAUUUGCAUGUUAUUUCUUUUUUUACUUUUCCAUGUUCUAAUGCUUUCAUCACUCAAUGUUAUGUCGUAAAGUCCAUAAAGUCUAUGUUGCGUCAUAAUGCUGACGUAAACUUAUAAGGCCAGCGCUACGUCCUAAGGUCCUUGUUACUCCUAUAAUAUUGAUUCAUUCAACUAAAAAUAAGAACUGUAACAAAAAAAUAACAACAACAAAAACAAUUCUGCAAUUUAUGAGCAAUGAUUGAAACAGUAAAUAGUAUACACCCCUUUUUUAUGAACAGCCCAAAAUGUGUUCAUUUUAGCCUAAUGCUGGAUUUGUAUAAAAGCUAGUUUCUUAUUGAGCUAUAAAAGAAUGUAUGUGAUUCUUUUACUUGCUAUUGUGCCAGACUGAACGUAACUAUAUCAAUACGGUCAGGCCACAUCCCAGUCUACAAGGAUGAACUUUUUUACUGAUUCAUUCCACUGUAUUAAAAGAAAUUAAAAGAAGAAAAAAACGACAGACACAAUUUUUCUUGUUUUUACAACGCUUAUAAUUAGGUGACUCAGUUUACUUCUUGUUCAGUUUGAAUUUUCGCAAUCUUUAUUUCGACCACUGCUACUCAUCCAGUCGUCGUCUAAUUGUUCAUACAAGCUCAUGUUCGAUGACAACAGGUGAAUCAAUCCCGGAUCAACCAAUUAGUUAAUCGGAAAUUAAUUAUUAUACAUUUUUUUUUUACUAUUUUUUUUGGCAUAGUAUUACUACUUAACGUACAUUUUUAAAAGUACUCUUUUUUUAACCUGUUGGUCAUGCAAGCGAUGGUUGGCAACUAUGACGCAACCGCACCCGCCAUGAAAGGCGUGCUAGAAAAGUAUAUCUGGAUGACUUCAUUAUAAAGAUGACAUUAAAAACUCCGAAUUACUGAGUCAUGAAUUUUAAGCAGUAAGCAGUCAAGAAAGAAAAAACAAACCGAAUAUGUUACCAAUUGUGCUUCUCAAUGCAACUCUAUAUUACUUUCCUCAAUAUGUUGAAAUUUUAAGUUUUACGUUUUUUUCUAAGUGCAAUAGUGGACAACUGCUAGACAAUGUAUAUAUUUUACGUAUAAAUCCAUACAUACGUAACAGCUUUAUGGACCAGCUGUGAAAGGGGUAGGGAAGAAGGUGGUAUCUUUGUGAAUGUUUACAUGAUCGUUUUUUUGUGAAUGCAUAAAAAAAAGUUCACUUAGGACUAAGUGUCCUCAGAGGGACUAAUUCAACAGUCGGCUUUGUAAAAAGUAUCUAAGUUUUUUUAAAAUUAUUUAAAAGAAACUUAAAUAUAACUUUUAUAUAUAAAUAAACAAAGCUUCAAACUGAAAGUGUCUUAAGUCUUAAUCGUUUUCAGUAACGUAAUCUUCUACUGAAUAAGUACAUCUCUAUAUAAAAAAAGGUAUGUUUACCUUAAAUAUAUAAUAGCGUGCUGAAGUUUAAGUUAGCCUGGAAUUGUUAUAUAAUGUAUGCGCGUUUGAUUAUAAUGUAACCAUAAGGGAGCGGGUGUUUGGGGUGAGUCGGUUGAAUAGAUGCCGAAGUGAAAGUUGGAGAGAGAGAGAGAGAAGAGAUUAUAUAUAGAGACGUGAAAAGAUAUGAGUCAUAUUUCUGAAUUAAUAUUGUUUUCUUUGUGUUAAGUUCCUGUUACAAAUUUGUAUUACCUAUUUAUAGUUUUAAAACUUUGCGUAAAAAAUAUCUUUAAGUUUUGAGCUUAGAUAACAACGAACGUAUUUCGUUGAUGUCGUUUAAGCGACCAUUGUAUUGAUCGUUAACGUGUAUUGGCUGGUAAUGUUUUAGUGGUAAUGUAAUGUUUUAGUGGAAAUGUUUUAGUGGUAAUGUUUUAGUGGUAAUGUUUUAGUGGUAAUGUUUUAUUUGUAAUGUUUUAGUGGAAAUGUUUUAGUGGUAAUGUUUUAGUGGUAAUGUUUUAUUUGUAAUGUUUUAGUGGUAAUGUUUUAGUGGUAAUGUUUUAGUGGUAAUGUAAUGUUUUAGCGGUAAUGUUUUAGUGGAAAUGUUUUAGUGGUAAUGUUUUAGUGGUAAUGUUUUAUUUGUAAUGUUUUAGUGGAAAUGUUUUAGUGGUAAUGUUUUAGUGGUAAUGUUUUAUUUGUAAUGUUUUAGUGGUAAUGUUUUAGUGGUAAUGUUUUAGUGGUAAUGUAAUGUUUUAGCGGUAAUGUUUUAGUGGAAAUGUUUUAGUGGUAAUGUUGUUGUUUUUUUGUUUGGUGUUGAUGUAUUUUAUUUUUAUUUGCAUUAUCACUCUCGCUCAAUGCAACAGCGUACCCAAGUGACGAGGUGUUCAUUAUUUUAAAGUGAUCUUAUUUGCUGUUACAAGAAAAAAAAUGUUUUAAGGUUGUCUUUUGUUAUAAUUACAAUUUACAAUAUCGUCAGAAGUUGAUAUCAGAUAUCAGCAAAAGGAAGCACAGUGUAUAAAUGUUUUGUAGACUUCGUCGAUAAACACGUUUAAUAAAGCAAAUAUAAGAAUACUAGUUUUUGAAGACAAUGAGCUAACUAUAUACAUAAGAAAAGAUAAGAUAAUUUUUAUUUGUCCAAACUAUCGGAAAUUUAGUUCGACAACAAUGGAUCAUAUUACAAUUUAAUAUCUGCACAAAAAUGUUUUCUUAUGUAAAGACAUUGAAGCUGCUAAAACUAUUUAGCGUUUUAAUAGCUUUUCUUUUCGUGUAUUCUAUUUAUUGGCAAGAUAAUUAAAUACAGACCUAAGUUAUUUCUAGUUUUUGUGUGUAAAUAUUUUAUAUAUAUGCAAACGCUUUAUCCAAAAAAGCUUAUUGAGUCCUAUUGUACAUUUAUGUCUUACACUUUAUGGCUGUCACUCGAUACUUUAUCUCACGUGCCACAGCAGAUGUGAUGUAUUCACUCUAGAAAAUCAUGUGUACAAUGUAAUACCGUCCAUGUUUUUCGUCUUGAAUUUUCCUCUAUUAAUAAAACGUGUCUCUUUCUAAAGCCGGGCCGAAGCUAGUGUGGCAGCUCUGAUGUCGAAGUCGUUUCAAUAUCAGGAACAUGUGAUGUGAUAUGCCUCGCGUAAAACACAACAACCACUUUUUUUUUUCAUGUCAAUUUCUUAAUUUGUUGGAUUUUAUACGCAUUUUUUGAAUUUGUCAGAGUGAUUUUUUUGUCCUACUUUUUUUCCCCUCCUAGUGAGGCGCACGUAACCUUCAUGUAGUGAGAUUUCAUGUGUCUUUUUAAUUCGUUUUAUUAAGCUGACACAGACACUGCGUUGACUUUCCAAAUCCAGUAAAACGUAAGCCUUAGAUUUAUUGAAUAUAAAAACGGUUUUUACCGUGCGGCCUCAAGAGAUGAACCAAUCAAAAUGUUCUAAUUUGAAAUGAAAUUAAAAAAAAAAAAAAUGAAAUACGACAAGACAAAAUUUCAUACGAUGUGAAGACUAAAAAGACAAGGCAUUAUGGGAGAUUAUACAAAUUAGAGCUUUAUUUAGCGCUACUUUCAUGCUUAUAACAUGCUCAGAGCGCAAUGUUCCAAUCUCAUUUGUGGACGGGGGGGAGGGGGGUAUCUGGGAGAAGGUUUUCCGUCUUUGCGCGAUCGGUAAACACAUUUAUGCUCGAGUCGGGUGUCGAACCUCCAGUCCCCUUCGUAGGUAGCCAAGUUAAAGCGUGCUUAGCCUCUCGACCACGCUUCAAUAGUCUUACGGCAAUUUUUUAAAUUACCAAAAUGUUGUGGUACGUAUCAGCAGAGCGCUUUACAUCUAUGAAAUAAUUGUAGGGAGAGUGUGAGCUUUUAAUUCAUAUUUAUAUAUCUGCUCCUUCAUUGUCAAAAAACUAGCACGUUUCUCAUUCAUAUGAGCUCGAAGAUAGCUAAGAGCCCGAUCCUAGCUUUGAAAAGCCGGCCUCCUACAGGACAAGGUUAGGUUGGAUCUGUUGCUGAUAUGCUUGCUUCUUUUCUCACCUUUUUUUUUUUUGUAAUCUGCUUUCUUUGGUGUUGGCUGAUCUCCUUGCCUCAUGUCUGGAAAACUCCGACACUCAUGGCUUCACGUCAGGAGGAGCGAUCAAGAGCUCUUGGGGGUGCCUUUAUAUCGCUUGGGUUGACGCCUCCUGAGAGAGCGCUCCAGCACACAGCUCCCCCGCAUAAAAAGUCGUUUGCAAAGGCGCUUUUCAGACAUGCGGACUUGUCCCUCCCAUAGUAUCUGGGACCUUUUUUCUGUGGCGUGGAUACUGUUCAUAUGCGACACCCGUUCGUGUCAUGUAAUCAAUAUAUAGCAAAUUUAUCUCGGUUUUAUGGUUUUAUGCAAAAUAUAAACAUUUUAUGGUUUUAUGCAAAAUAUUAACAUUUUAAUUGUCUGUCCAAAUGAGCAAAGACCACAGGGGAGGUCACCUGAGUUGAUAAAGAGUAAGCAACUGUUGAUAAUACGAUCGUGCGUGCACCUAUAACCUCGAUUCAGGUCCUACAUCCAUGUUGGGAUAAAACAAUAAUUGAAUUUACUUUAGAGUAAGAACGAAAGUAUUGAUUGGAUUGAUUGUGUAUAAGGCAACACUAAAGUUUCAAAACUAUAGACCUAUUUCUUGCAUAGUCAAAAUAUUAAAUCUACUUCAUUUUAGUAUACUAUUGUAUUAUACCUAUCAUUAUAAUCAUAAUCAUAAUUCUGUUCUCUUUUGAAGUAACGUCUAUAUAAGAUAAUAUAAGAUGAGUCAAAAUCUCAUAUAACAUUACAUCUUUAUAAUUUUCAAAUUUAUUUAUUUAUAUUCUAAGCAUGUGAUUAACAGACUUUAUAUAACCUAUCAGCCUAGCACGAUAAGUUAAGCAUUUAUUUACUCUUUCAUAUAUAGAAGUAUUAUCAAUUUAUUUAUGCAUUAUAGUAAAUAUCAGAACACAUUUCAUUCAUUUUUCUAACCUUGUUAAUAUAAUCUCUAAUGUAGACUUAAUCAGUUCUUAAGUAUUUAUUUAUUUAUUUCAUCCAUUAACAAAAUAACCGAUACUUUCCUUGCUUGGAUAUAUCUCUGAUAAUUACAGUGAUGACCAACAAGGAAUUUUCUAUACAUUUUCUUCUUUCUCUAUGUACUUAUUUCGCUUUGUUUUCGGCGAGCAUGUCUUUGCAAUGAUGUAUAUUUUGAAUUUCUAUUGGUUUAUUGGUUUAACUAAAUUCAACUAUAAUUGUGAAUCUCGUCAGUUCAUCCCAGCAAUAUUCUGUUUGUUAGCAUUUUAACUACAGAAGAAAUGUUUACAAAAUGAAAAAGUAAAAGAGAAAAAGAAAAGUAAGUAAAAUGGAGAAGUCUGGGGGAGAUGUAAUGAAGAUUAUGAAAAUAGUUGAAUGAAAAGAAGAAGAUUGUGGUAGAUUUUAAAUUCAAUUAUAAUUCAAAAUUCUGAUGAUCCAUUGAAAGUUUUUAGUCGCCAUCUAAAUAAUAAAAAUUACUGUGUUUUAAAGAACAAAUAAAUAUAUUUGAUUCUGUAGUACUAACAAACUAAAAAAAAAAGUAUAUGAUUUGAAAAAAAAAUUUAUAAUUUAUCAAUAUUUUAUACAUCUUUAUUGAAAAUUCCACAUAACAGUGGAAGUUGUUAUUAACGUAUCCAUUUUCAACAAUAUAACCGUCUUUAAUAAAAAAAAAUAUUUCAAUGCCGAUCAUACCUUAACAAUUUAGUACUAAAAUUCAUCCUUAGUUUUAAAACACUGCGGAUAUAGUGGUCGCGUAUUUGGAUGCUUGGAUUCCUAUUGUUGAUCCAAUAACUGUUAUUAUAUUGUAUAAUCCCGUCUGCUACAAAGAUAUAUUUAUCUUUAUAUAUUUAUUGUUUUAUUUUUGGUGCUUUUCAUAUUGGCUUUUAGAUUUUGCAUGGUAUGUGUAUACUCCUCUCUAUAUCACACUUUCUCCUCCUUUGACACCAUAUUUAUGUUGGCUUUGGUUUAUUUAUCUUUUUUCUGUGUAUUGUCUAAAUCUAGAAGUACAUAUGUCGCUAGACAAAUGCUUUUACAGUAAGCAAAAUUUGUAAAAUAUACUUUUAUAGAUGUGAUCUCUAGAUGGUGCUUAUAUUAAUAAAAAUUGUGUCAUUUAAAAUACA